AUGGAGAGGAUCAACUCGUUCCUACCCUACAUGUCUCAUGACAUUGAGCCCCUCAACGAUGACAAAUUCAGCCGCUGCUUUUUCAACUGUCACCCCAACAAGUGGAAGGAUGCCUUCCUUGAGAACAACACUGUUGAAGAUGCGACCAAGCAAAGGAUCUCAUCAUUCAUGCGGCGCAAGGAGACACAGUCCGCCAAGAAAGAACAGGACAACGUCUACAAGAUGAAGCAGAAGAAGCAACGUUGUCGCGGUCUAUCUGGCAAAGACUCGGAUGAACCUGUUGCAAGGAAACAAAAGACCAUCAAGAAGGAGAACGAUAUUCCCAAGGAGGAGUAUCUCAAGCGUCUGAAGUAA